AUGUCUAAGACAUAUAGCAUUGCCUCAAUCCCUGCUGAUGGCAUUGGCCCAGAGGUCAUUGAUGCUGGUAUUGUUGCUCUCAAUGCCUUGACUGAUACCCUCAAGACUUUCAAGUUGGAGUUCAAGCACUAUGAUUGGAGCUCGGAGACUUACAAGAAGACCGGAAAGUACAUCCCCGACGGUGGCCUUGAGGAGCUCAAGAAGCACGAUGCCAUUUUCUUCGGCGCUGUCGGCGCUCCUGAUGUCCCCGAUCACAUUUCCCUGUGGGGUCUCCGCCUGGCCAUCUGCCAGCCUUUCCAACAAUACGCUAACGUGCGCCCAACACGGGUGUUCCGUGGCACUGAGUCACCACUGCGCAAGUGCGGUCCCAAUGACCUUGACUGGGUGAUUAUUCGCGAAAACAGCGAGGGCGAGUACGCCGGCCAGGGCGGUCGCUCCCACGCUGGCAAGCCGUGGGAGGUUGCCACUGAGGUUUCAAUCUUCUCUCGCCACGGCGUUGAGAGAAUCAUGCGAUUUGCUUUCGAGACUGCCCAGAAGCGUCCUCGCAAGCUUUUGACAGUUGUCACUAAGAGCAAUGCCCAGCGUAACGGCAUGGUUCUCUGGGACGAGGUUGCCAAGGCUGUUGCUGUGGACUUCCCCGAUGUCACUGUUGACAAGAUGCUUGUUGAUGCCAUGACUACUCGUAUGGUCCUCAAGCCCGAGAGUCUGGAUACCAUUGUUGCCACUAACUUGCACGCUGAUAUUCUGUCUGAUCUUGCUGCUUCUCUCGCUGGAUCCAUUGGCAUUGCUCCUACUUCCAACCUCGACCCCACCCGGGAGUACCCCAGUAUGUUCGAGCCCAUUCACGGCUCCGCGUUCGACAUCACCGGAAUGGGUAUUUCCAACCCCGUGGCUACCUUCUGGACUGCCGCCGAGAUGCUCGCAUGGCUUGGCGAGGAGGAGGCCUCCAAGCAGCUGCUCGUUUGUGUCGAGAAUGUUUGUGAGCAGGGUGUCCUUACCCGCGACUUGGGUGGUAAUGCCACCACAAAGGAGGUCACUGAAGCCGUUGUGGCUGAGAUCAAGAAGCUUGCAGCCAGCAACUAG